AUGUUGGUAGAUAACCUCCUUGUUAAAUUCACUCUCCUUUCGUCACGACAGCAUGGUUUUCCUAGGUUGAGCAGGCUUCUGCUUUCUACGUCUUCCUGGCAAUCACCAGAGCAGUGGCUCGAGAAGCUCAGCGUCAAAUCAUUACCCUCGAAAGCCUUUUCGUUCCAGUUCGAUAGAUCAAGCGGACCUGGAGGUCAGAAAGUCAACAAAUGUAACAGCAAAUGCACAAUGACUAUCUACGGUUUCUCCAAAUGCUCUUGGAUUCCACAAGAAGUAAGAAAUCAGCUCAUGGAGAAGAACUCUCGAUUCUGGGCCAAGUCCAAAGAUUGCAUUGUAAUACAGUCGGAUCAGACACGAAGCCGGGAAACCAACCGAGAAUUAUGUUUGGAAAAACUCGUCAAUGAAUUUAGAAGUAUUUGCUGGUUUGCUAAGCCCGUGAGUUCAGAUGAUAUACUGAAGUGGGACACUGUUCGACGCAAGUCUCAUGAGGAAAGGCUCAAAGAUAAAAAGUUCAACAGCGACCGAAAACGGCAGCGACAAAAUACGAACUGGUCUUGA